AUGAGUGAAGAAAGAAAAGAGCAUCCGGCAAUAUUUGAUGUCGAAAGAGCAUCAGGACAAUCUGAUUCAAUCGACAAAGAGCUGAGUAAGAUACAGUUCAAGGAUUUUGAAGAUCGACUUGACCCCAAAAAGUAUGGUGAAACUCAAAGAAGAAUGAAUUCAAGGCAUGUAAACUUGAUGAUUAUGGGUCAGUCCAUUGGCAGUGGUUUGUUUCUUGGUAUAAGAUCUCCUUUGCAUACAAGUGGUUCCCUAUCGUUCUUUUUAGCAUUUACCAUUUAUGCAGUUGUCGUUGUUUACCCGUUGAUGCAAUGUAUUGGUGUCAUGUGCUCUUACUUGCCAAUAAAAGGGACUUUUAUCCACUAUAGCGCCAGGUACGUUGAUCCAGCCCUUGGUUUUGCCUCAUCGUUGAUCUACAUUUACACCUGUAUGAUGUUUGUUUGUAUUGAAGCUACUGCAGUGGCUCAGUUAAUUGGAUAUUGGUCGGACCUCAACCCAGGAGUGUGGAUUACCCUCUGUAUCUUGCUUUACCCGUUAAUUGGUAUCUUUGGUUGUAACAUAUACGGUGAAGUGGAAUUUUAUUCCUCCAUCUUGAAGGUGUUUUUGAUCAUGGCAUUGAUGCUCUUUUCCCUUAUAUCAAUGUGUGGAGGAAACCCACAAGGAAGAGCAUACGGGUUCCAACACUGGAAAGAAGGUGGGUUGUUUCGAGAAUACUUGGUUGGCGGUGGUACUGGUAAGUUUUUUGCAUGGUGGAGCUCUUUGAUAUGGGCAGGAUUUGCUGCUGGAGGAGCAGAUGGGUUUUCAAUGAUUGCGUCUGAAGUACAACGACCAAGGACUACUAUGGCUACUGCGGCAAAAAGAGUCUAUAUCAGAGUUUACUUAUUCUACAUUGGUGGUGUCUUUUUCCUCAAUUGCUUGAUUUCGUCAGUAAACGAGAGAUUAGUCGAGCAAUUAGAAGCUGGCUCAGCAACGUCAGCCGGCUCUCCUUGGGUCAUUGGUAUAGAAGAUGUUGGGGUUAAAGGUUUGGCAUCUGUUAUCAAUGCGUGUGUUAUGACAUCAGCGUUUUCUUGUGGUAACGCCUUUUUCUACUGUUCCACUAGGUCACUUUACAGUGCCUCAUUGGCUGGUUACUUGCCACGCUUUUUAUCAAAAUGUUUAAAGAAUGGGUCUCCUGUUUACUGCGUCCUUGUUACAUUUGCCGUAUCAUUGGUUGCUUACUUGAAUGUAAAUGAAGAUGGAGUGGUAGUUUUCAACUGGUUUGUAAACUUGUGUGCUACGGGAUUAUUGUUGGCGUAUAUAUGUAUGUGGUGGUCAUAUUUCCAAUUCCGCAGAGCAUGGGAGGCUCAACACAAGCAAAAAAUAAGAAACCCAGAGUACCCCUACUUUACUGGACCCAAAUGGCUACAUCCUGUUUUAACUUAUGCGGGAUUGAUCUUCACCGUCUUGGUGGUUUUCUUUAAUGGGUUCUGGAUUUUCUUCCCCGGUAAUUUUAGUGUUUCCAACUUGUUUACAAGCUACUUUGCCCCUGCUUUCUUUGUUUGUUUAUUUGUGUUUUGGAAGGUGUUUAAAAAGACCAAGUUUAGAACUCCCUUGACAGCUGACAUCACCAGCGGUAAGCAAAGAGUUGAUGAUGAAGAAGAAGUUGAAGAAAGAGAGUAUGCCGCUAAACAAGCGGAAUAUGCUAAUGGAACCUGGUAUGUUAAAGCAUGGAGAUGGGUCUACAACUUAUGUUUCAGCUAA